GAGAGCUGCCGGAAACGUCUAAGCGGCAGCCGCGCUAGCCCGGGGGAGCCCGGAAUGCCCUGGAGGAGCAAUGUGAGCAGCUGACAGCAACUCCGCAGCGCUGCUGCAUCCGCCGCCUGCUUUGCUACGGGGCCGGGCCAGACUCCAGGGGGCCGGCUCGUGAGAGAAGUGAACUUCCCCGAGACGCGCUUUCCUGCAAGUUCCCCUCUGCUCCCCGCAAGUCCCAGCCGCUGCUCUCUGCUCAGCCUCGCCUGGUCCCCCCUGGCAGCGGGGCUGCUGCCGCUACUGCCAUGGGGCUGCCCACCCUGGAGUUCAGCGAUUCCUACUUGGACAGCCCGGAUUUCAGAGAGCGGCUGCAGUGUCACGAGAUUGAGCUGGAGAGGACCAACAAGUUCAUCAAGGAGCUGAUCAAGGACGGCAGCCUGCUCAUCGGGGCCCUCAGGAAUCUAUCCAUGGCAGUGCAAAAAUUUUCCCAGUCGCUACAGGAUUUUCAGUUUGAGUGUAUUGGAGAUGCUGAAACAGAUGAUGAAAUUAACAUUGCCCAGUCACUGAAAGAGUUUGCCCGGCUACUGAUUGCUGUAGAAGAGGAGAGAAGACGACUUAUCCAGAAUGCCAAUGAUGUGUUAAUAGCACCGCUGGAAAAGUUUCGUAAAGAACAAAUAGGUGCAGCAAAAGAUGGGAAGAAGAAGUUUGACAAGGAAAGUGAGAAAUAUUAUUCCAUUCUAGAGAAGCACUUAAAUUUAUCAGCAAAGAAAAAAGAAUCUCAUUUGCAAGAUGCAGAUAUGCAGAUCGACAGAGAACAUCAAAACUUUUAUGAAGCAUCAUUAGAAUAUGUGUUUAAAAUUCAAGAAGUACAGGAGAAAAAGAAAUUUGAAUUUGUUGAACCUCUUUUGGCAUUUCUUCAGGGAUUAUUUACUUUUUACCAUGAGGGAUAUGAGCUGGCCCAGGAGUUCACCCCAUACAAGCAACAGUUGCAAUUCAACUUGCAGAAUACACGAAAUAAUUUUGAAAGUACCAGGCAGGAAGUUGAGAGACUGAUGCAGAGAAUGAAAUCUGCCAGCCAGGAUUACCAACCACCCAGUCAAUGGACAAUGGAAGGCUAUCUCUAUGUGCAGGAGAAACGACCCCUUGGAUUUACCUGGGUAAAACAUUACUGUACUUACGAUAAAGGGACAAAAACAUUUACAAUGAGUGCAGCUGAAACAAAGUCUGGUGGGAAAGUGAAUGGCCUUGUCACAAGCUCACCAGAAAUAUUCAAGCUAAAAUCCUGCAUCCGGAGAAAGACUGAUUCAAUUGACAAACGUUUCUGUUUUGAUAUUGAAGUAUCUGAAAGACAUGGGAUCAUAACACUUCAGGCUUUUUCAGAGUCCAACAGGAAACUUUGGCUGGAAGCUAUGGAUGGAAAGGAACCAAUUUACACUUUGCCAGCCAUUAUUAGCAAGAAGGAAGAAAUGUUCUUAAAUGAAGCAGGUUUUAACUUUGUGAGGAAAUGUAUUCUUGCUGUGGAGACAAGAGGUAUCACAAUCUUGGGGCUGUACAGAAUAGGAGGUGUAAACUCCAAAGUGCAAAAGCUGAUGAAUACCAUAUUUUCCCCUAAAUCCCCUCCUGAUAUGGAUAUUGAUAUGGACAUUUGGGACAAUAAAACAAUAACAAGUGGACUAAAAAACUACCUCAGGUGUCUUACAGAACCACUGAUGACCUUCAAGUUGCACAAGGAUUUCAUUGUUGCCGUUAAAUCUGAUGACCAGAACUACAGGGUUGAGGCAGUACAUGCACUUGUUCAUAAAUUACCAGAGAAAAACAGAGAGAUGCUGGACAUCCUAAUCAAGCAUUUGGUCAAGGUUUCAUUACACAGUCAACAAAAUCUCAUGACCGUCUCCAACCUUGGUGUUAUCUUUGGGCCGACUCUGAUGAGAGCACAGGAGGAAACCGUGGCUGCUAUGAUGAACAUUAAGUUCCAGAAUAUUGUAGUGGAAAUUUUGAUAGAGCAUUAUGAAAAGAUAUUUCACACUGCACCAGACCCCAACAUUCCUCUUCCCCAGCCUCAGUCCCGUUCAGCUUCCAGAAGAACAAGAGCAAUAUGCCUCUCAACAGGCUCACGCAAACCCAAAGGAAGAUAUACCCCCUGUCUGGCAGACCAUGAUAGUGAUUCAUACAGUAGUAGUCCAGACAGCACCCCGAUGGGCAGCAUAGAAUCACUCUCGUCUCAUUCGUCAGAACAAAACAGCACCACAAAAUCCGCCUCAUCCCAACCAAGGGAGAAAUCGGGAGGAAUUCCAUGGAUUGCAUCUCCACCUUCUUCCAAUGGACAGAAGAGCUCAGGUCUCUGGACCAUAAGUCCAGAAUCCUCCUCUAAGGAGGAUGCGACAAAAACAGAUGUGGAGUCAGACUGUCAAAGUGUAACUUCUGUCACUAGCCCAGAGAAUACAUCUCCACCAAUAGAUCUGACCAAAAAAGGUCUUUAUGGUCUGUCUGGGCUGAAAAGGUCUGCAGCUUCCUCCCUCAGAUCAAUCCCUUCAGCAGAAGGUAACAAAAGUUGCAGUGGAUCUGUACAGAGCUUAGCCUCAAUUGAUGCCAAAGAUACACCAAAGGCUCCACUCAAUCCUGAGUUGCCACCCAAAAUGUGCAGGAGAUUGAGAUUGGAUACUGCAUCAAGUAAUGGUUAUCAGAGACCAGGAUCUGUAGUGGCCGCAAGAGCCCAGUUGUUCGAAAGUGCUGGUUCACUUAAACAAACUUCUUCAGGACGCCAAGCCAAAGCCAUGUAUUCCUGUAAAGCUGAGCACAGUCAUGAGCUCUCCUUCCCACAGGGGGCGAUAUUUUCAAAUGUGUACCCAUCAGUGGAACCAGGCUGGUUAAAAGCAACUUAUGAAGGCAAAACAGGACUAGUUCCAGAGAAUUAUGUUGUCUUCCUCUAGUAAUCUUUAGUGGACAGCAGUAUCUUCAUGGUAUCCAUGGUAACAAAUAAUAAGCACUAUGAUUUUAUCUGACACAGAUGUGGGGAUCAGCCCGUUAGCAGAGAGUGGUAGAUUUUCUUCAAAUUCUGCAAGGGCAAAUUAGGUAGCUCCCUAUAAAUGGAACAGGAUAUAAUGAAAUAGUUAACAGUUUUUUGUACUGCAGAUGGUACUCUGUUUAAAUAACUUCCAUUGUUUGUAACACAAGCAUGUUGCAUACUUCUUUUAUGGAUAAGUAACAUUUGAGCAGUAAAAUCAGAAAAUUAGCUGCAGAACAUGUCAGACCUGAGAUAUUGCUCAAUCAGCGUGAAAUUCACAGGCAAUGCACUCUGCCAAUUCUUACAAUUAUAUUGUUUUACAUGUAAAAAAUUAUAUAUUUGUUCAUAAAGCAAGAUAUAUUUCUAUGAUCUGUCUUCUGCAUUAGAAAACUUGAUUCUGAGACUGGUCCCAGUCAUUUCAUGGAAGAAGUUAAUCUGCCAUAAAAGCAGAGUUUUGAAUCUCUUGUUAUGCAACGAGUGCACAAUAUACAGAUGCAGUAAUGUAUGUAAUUUAUAUAACUGAUAACUAAAUUAGAUUGUACACUGAUUAAGCAGUAAGUGCUCUUUCAAAAUGUGACUUUUUAAAAUCAACAUUUAAUUCAAAUAUUGUACAGAUUUAUCUUAUUUCCUCCUUGCUUUCAUCAGUUUGUUUUAUCAAUAUAAUUAAUAUUAAUAAUAAAUUAUAUUUCUAGCACCCAUCUUCCCUAAGACAUUCUCGGCUUGUCUCAAAAACACAACCAUACCAAACAAAGAAGUACUGAAAGUAAAAUGAUAGGGAAAUGUGUGAGGUAAGCAACAAAGAAUGAAAAUAAAUCUAAAACCUGAAAUAAAACAUAGCAGAGUCCCACAAUGCCAUUAAGACACCCAAAUUGUUUUUCAGAUUUUCCACCACAUACAAGACAAAUGAUCUAUGAAGUGUCUAGUUUUAUAAGCUAUGAUUUCUAAAGGCUCCUUUUAGAUGUAAAAAGGAUCUGAUAUUAGAUAAACUUUUUGUUUAGUUUGAAAUACAGUUUCCUCAGAAUUUCACUGAAUUAUUAGGCAACAAUUCCAAAACAUGAUGAUAAAACUGCUUCGUAUAGAUAUUUCCAAAUAACCAUUAAUUACUCCAGCUGGAACUAAAAGGCAGUCAUUUUCUAACUGCUGACAUUAAAUUUUGUGUGAGUUUUCCCAUCAGAGUACAAUGGUUUGUAUUAAUAAAAGGCUGUAAUAAACAGUGAGGGCACUGGCACUUUAUCACAGAUUAACAAUCCUUUACAAAGAAAACAAAGAACAGAAAUCAGAAAAGGAAGAGAGUAAACAGUAAGCAAAGCAUAUGUCCAAGGCAGACACUCUGCUUGCUGAAAGAACGACCAUAGAGUCCAGUCCUGAAGGCCUUAUUGGCAAAACUCCCCUUGAAUUUGGACAUCCCCAAUUAGUUAAUCGACAGAGUUGCUAACUUGGUGAAUCCAUUCAGGGGAGUCAGUACACCGUGACCUCAAAAACCUACGCUGAUGUCAACAGAAUCACACAUGUGCUUAAGCCACUGGCUCAAGCAGGGCAUAGCUCUUUAUUGAACUGCUCCAGGAAAACUGCAGUAGCUGCAUGGCCAGUCAGCAUGUACUAUUCAAAGCAAAGUCAUUUCAGCGCUACAUUAACACAUUAGCAGCUGAGCUCAUUGCUGUUAGUGCUACAGGAAGAAUUGCCUCUCAUACAGACUCUCCUGCAUGUUAGCUCUUUCUCCCGUAACAGUAUUAAAUAUUACAGGUGGGCAGGGCAAGGUAAUUCCAUUGUGCCGAAGAUUUAGAUAUUUCUAAAUUAGGUUUUGUUCUGUUUCCGAAUGAAAACCCCACAUUUUGAAGUUUUCUGCAAAUUGGCAUGGCGCCCCGGCUCCAGGGCACUCUUCCUGGUGGCCUGUCCUGGAGCUGCAGACCCUGGAAGCUCAGAGGUCCCCAACUCUGAGACAGCACACCUGGCGGGAUGUUCUGGAUCCACAGCCCUUGGAAGCCCAGGCGUCACAGCAGCUCACCAGGCAGGUUUCCUCAGCCCUUUGUUGAAAUAAAACUGUCUCCAUGCAACAUUUUGAUUUUGACAAACAACAAAACGUUUUUCUCAGCGUUUUUUCCAACAGCUCCAUUAAGUAUAUUAACCCUUUAUUUACCAAAAUAGCGGGUGUUGCUUUCUUAAUGGGUUAAAUAGGAGCUUUUCCCAGGGCUGAAAACCUUACCAAGCUAUUAAACACUGCCAAAUUUUCUGGCAUUUCCCCUGGAGGGCUUAGUAGGCUAUCUAUCGCCAAUACAUGCAGUUUUUCAAAAGUAGUGUAUCUCUCACAGCUUCUGUACCUGCCUCCUGGACAACGCAGUGGGAGUUGCUUACAGUGAGUCAUUUCUUGACAGUAAUUUUGUUCUUGAAAUUCAGGCUGGUGGCAAAUGGAGCUCAGCACAGGGGGGCUCUUGGAAUCCUUUGCAUGACACAGAUGGGGGCUUCCCACCAGCUUCAAGCAGGCUAGUAGGGGGCAGAUUGGAGCCAGGCACUGGAGGCCAGACCAUGGGAUCAAGAACUACAGUAAUUCAGUGGCCCACAAUAAUUUGGACUGUUCAUUCUACUUCGCUAUCAAGAGUUUCAUUCUCGCCCAGUUCACUAUCAGCAAGUGAUAGUGUCAUUAAGAGUGUUUCCUUGGUAGGUUGUUGUGAAGGAUAAUUCUAAAGCUGGCCCUAUUGGAGGGAAAUAUCCUGCUGACAUAUCUGUGUUCAGCACUGAAGUAAAGGAGGAAGAAGGCUCCUCAGCAGGUCAAAGCUUGCAGCUCUUAAGUCAGGCAAAAUUCAUGUUGACUUCAAUGGGCACUUCCCCGAGUCAGAGCUCUGAGACUUCCCUAUGUAAUUAACCUCUGAAAUUUCAACUUAUCUUAUAUCAUGCUGUGUAACAUACUGUUGGCUGCCUACGCUUUGGCUGUGCUUGAAGGCUCCAUCCUACGGUGGUGGGAUAACCAGGGGGUUGCGCCUUCUCACCAUUCCAGGGAGAGGUGAUAUCUGUGCUCCUGGGGGUUGUUAGUGGAAAGGGAGGUAGGACCCUGCUCAGGAGACUAGGACAACCAGUGAUCCUAGCAUGGAGGGGAGGGAUAGCUCAGUGGUUUAAGUAGUGGUCUGCUAAACCCAGGGUUGUGAGUUCAAUCCUUAAGGGGGCCAUUUAGGGAACUGGGGUAAAAAUCUAUCUGGGGAUUGGUCCUACUUUGAGCAGAGGGUUGAACUAGAUGACUUCCUGAGGUCCCUUCCAACCCUGGUAUUCUAUGACAUGCUGUCUGGCCUCUGUACAGGGGCAAAAUGCAUAUUUGAGCUAUCUUUCCCCCAUAAUCUGGCCCUUUUUGUGCAUCUCCUCCUGAAUCCCGUGGAGAUGAAUGAUUCCUUACAACCCUUUGGAGAGAGUUAUCAGUCGUGGAACUUUGACGGGGAGAGAGGAAGAUCUAUUUUUCCCCUUUUAGCCUAAUGUACUAUGUGAUCCUUCAUCUCUUCCUCAGUAGUGUAUAGUAAAUAGACAUGGGGUACCUAGGAAUCUGUGAAUCAGCCACUCUGCAUCCUGCAUAUCAUUUUAAAAGUGCAGUUUCUCUGCUGUGUUGAUGGUGCACACACAGCCCCAGGCUUUGCAAAAAGGUGUUCAUCAGUAGCAACAGCAGCAAAACUGGAACUGAAGAGACAUGAGGAAGCAGUGUGCCUAGAGAGACAGGAAUAGAGGAGAGCAUUGAGCCUGAGCUUGUUUGGUAGUGGUGCUCCUACUCCUGCCUAAAACAGAGGAGCAGAAAACCGCUCAAGGUGUUUUAGGGCUUGGGUUUUUUAAUUAUUUUUAUUAUUUUUUCCUUUUUGUUUCAAGGAUUUUUUUAAAGACAGUAUUUGAAGACUGUUCUAUCGGGAAAUUGGUUAAUUAAAAAAAAUUGAUUGACUAUGUCCCUGUAUUAUUGUUUAAGAACAGCCCUGGAUUCACUCUGCAAGCACAAGAAGCAUGUGGUAAAUCUGUAUUACCCUUGAAGUAACGAUGUAGCAAUCUAGUCAAGGCAACCACUGUUUGCAAAGUUGUAAGACUCACAUUUGGUAGCAUAUUCUGACUGAUGUUAAUGUCAUGUGAAAAACAUAUGUCCGUGUAUACAGUUUAUAUAAUUAACUGUGUGUUUUAAUUGUUAAGUCAUUUGGUAAUUAUUGCAGUCUAACAUACUGACUCAAAUUAAUCAGCUGAAAGAUUGUUAUAUUGUAUGAUAAAUAUGUACAGUAUGUUAGUAUUUUAUAUCCAAAGUUUUUUAAUAAUUUGAUCAGAAUGAAAAAUGAUUUUUCAGUAUCAUUUCUACAAGCUCAGUGUUAAAAGAUUCUUGCCACAUUUUUGAGUUUUGAAUACUAUGUGAGAUGGCUUUUAAAUUAAACUAUAGUUUUGUGUCCUGAGAAAUUUUUCCAUUCUCCCCAGUGCUGUUCUAAUGUAACUAACCUACAAGUAUAUUGUUGAACUAUUUCUGGAGAAGAUGAUGCACAGAAUUGCUCACCAGAGCUCAUUCCUGACAGUAAUAAGUAACGUACCAAUCUUUUUACAUUUCCCCUUGAUACUCUCUAUUCAUUGUCUGUAAUUGGAAUUGGGUAGCCCACCCCCCCUUUAGGAAAGGAACCUUAGCAAGGGUGAAAGUAAAAUUUAAGCUGUGCAGAACAGAGUAAUUACAACAGCAAAAAAGCAUUGUAACACAGCAUUAAUUUGUAUACUUGUGCACUAGGCCCUGUUUUAUAUUCUACUUACUAAUAUUGCAUCAGAAUAAAUAGUGAGAUCAAAAAAAGUACAUUAGUCUGAAUGUUUCCUGUGUUAGACCACCAAAUCAUGCACUUCUUGGGUAAGUGACAAGAAGAUGCCUCUCCUAAUCAAAGGCAUAAGGCAACUCCUCAGCUGGUGUAUAUUGUCAUAGUUCAAUGACAUCAAAGAUGGAGCUCUGACAAUUUACAUCAGCUGAGGAUCUGCCCCUCGGUAUUUAAAAGGAAGUGCCCAUUGAAAUCAGUAGGUGUUCUGCCGAAAAGUGGAAGAUGUAAUAUGGCCCAAUAUUAUCGUUAGAGUUUCUAAAAUUUGUUUUCUCUAGUAAAGGAUCCCCCAUAAAUCACCCCACCCACCAGGGAUUAAACACAGUGCAUUGUCAUUUUCCUCCAGAUCACACAGCCCUGGUGACUACUGCUGUAAUACCCCUUCAGGCAUUGCCCACACAACACUGAGAGUGUUGACCAAGCUAUUAACCAGGAUAAUCAAAAUAGGUUGGGUCCUCCUUAUCCAGGCAGCUGUUGCUGUGAUUUUGCCUUCCAGCCCUUGAAGGUAAUAACAUAGUAUUUGUUCUCGUGUAUGUGGCAGCAUUUCAUAGGUUAUUUGACUGUCUUUGUUGUUUGAAAUGGUGCUUUCCUCCUUGGAUACAUUAUUUGAAAGUCCUUCUGUAUCUGCACUUCCUGCAAAGCUUGUGUUGGGAAUCAGCGUUAAUCUUCUGGCACUGGCGGUCAGGAUUUCUGAAUGCUCAGCGAGUUUGGAUGGCAACAAAUAUAAGAGUGCUUAGGCAGAUCAUACAUUUGUGAUUUCAAUUCUGAAUGAUAUUUAUGAUUAUUUUGGCGGUACUAGAGUUUAUAGAAGUCUUAGAUAUUAUACUGUAUUUUAAUACCAGGAAUUUAUAUGCAAUCAAUAACAUGAGAAAAUAAAAUAUAUUUUAAAAGUUACUACUAGUAAAUUAUCAUAUUGAACUUUUGAUUUGUUUUGUAGUGGGGUUUCAGUAAUUAUCUGCACUCUGUACAUAUAUACAUGUAAAUAACUGGCAUGUUAUUCAUAAACUGACUUGCUACAGUAUCUGUGCUGUAUUUUACACUGUAUUUCAUGAAUUUAAGAAAUAUUUUUAAAAAUAAAAAGCCUGACUACA